AUGGUUGACGACAGUCACCAGAAAGUGGCUCUGGGGGUUGUAGUCGCCUUUCCUAUUUUAGGAGGGAUCGCAGUCGUGCUGCGAUCAUGGAGUUGGUUUAUGACAGGAAUGCGGUUUGGGCCUGAUAUUCAAACCAACUACGUGGGCAUCCACGAAUGGGACAUUCCCCAAGACUACGAUGUGAAAACCGGCCUCAUUUGGAAUUUCGUCAACCAACUCGUCUACAACCCCUGCCUCACGAUGGUUAAACUCUCGAUCCUCUUCUUCCUCCGCCGCCUUGAGUCGCAAUCGCGGACUGUCAAUCUCCUCAUCUGGUCCACCAUGGGCGUCACCAUCCUCCUCUUUCUCGCCGUUCUAUUUGUCGACAUCUUCCAGUGCCACCCUAUUGCCUACGUCUACGACACUUCCCUCGCCAACGGCACCUGCCUGAACCAAGGGGCCUUCUACGUCGCCACCGCCGCCAUCAAUUUAUUUACCGAUAUCCUCGUUGUCUCGAUCCCGACCUUGAUCACCUACCGGCUGCACAUGCCAUGGCGAAAGAAGCUGGCCGUUUGCGUGAUUUUGUGUAUGGGAUUGGUAGCAACAGCGAUCGGCAUCUGGAGAAUCAUCCUCCUCGCGAACGGCUUCUUCCCAACCCACCCCGUUACCGACAGGACCUACGCCAUUGGCUUCUGCAGCUCCGUUGUUGAAGUACACGUCGCUGUCGUCGCCGCCUGCGCCCCGUGUCUCAAGGCGGUCGCCAGUCGCUGCUGGCCGCGUCUCUUCGGC